CAUGAUCUCAUAGCUCCAUCUGUCAUGGUGAGUGUCUUCAAGCUUCGGACUUUGCUUCUAAGCAACCAAAACCUCUUUCAUCUUUUACCUCAUUCACUUCCAAUCUUCAACCCCACCAUGGCCAUGGCUUUCUUCACCAAAUCAAGCAAAACCCACUUACCACACCAUCCACCUUCAAUCGCCUUCCUUGAGCGUGUUUGUACCACCACGACGCUUGUGGAUCUCUGUUUCUUUCCCUAUUCAACGAUCCCUUAAAAGCGUUCUUGGCAUUUUCUUCAACUUCCCAUUCUUGCAGAAAAAUGGAUUCUCUUUUCUCAACUCGGUUAUUUGUUCUAGUUGUUGUUUUUGAAAUGUUUGCUGUGAAUUUUGGUGCUUGUAUAAUCCAUGCAACAGAAAAGUAUGUAUCGGCGAUAGGAGACCCAGGGAUGAAGAAUUCUAAUGUCAGAGUUGCAUUUGAAGCUUGGAAUUUUUGCAAUGAAGUUGGAAGUGAAGCACCCAACAUGGGUAGCCCAAGGCUGGCUGAUUGUGCUGAUUUAAAUUGCCGGCCUUUGCUCUCUGAUUCUUUGCACAACACCCUUCUGUAUGGUGGUAGCAAUUGUGAAGUGCAGCAAAGAGUAAAUGAAACAGACAAUGACUUAGGAGCUGGUGAUAUGUUUCCUUCUAUGGAUUUUAACCCAUACACAGAUCCAGACUUGUAUGCUGUGGAAAAGGAAUUGUAUCUUGGUUCUCUGUGCAAGGUUCUUGAUUCACAAGAACCAUGGCAGUUUUGGAUGAUUAUGGUAAAGAAUGGAAACUUUGACAAGAAUACAACAUUAUGUCCUGAAAAUGGAAAGAAUGUCAGUAAAAUUGUAACUGACAGAAAUUUUCCAUGUUUCGGUAAAGGUUGUAUGAAUCAACCACUUGUUUACCAUAAUUACUCAAGAUUGGUUUCUUUUGGGGACCAAGUGGUGUCCUUGACUGGAGGAUUUUAUGGAACUUAUGAACUUGAUGCUAACUUGAGUAAAGCAGUUGACAGCAUUUCCUAUUUCUCUGUCUCUUGGCAAAAAAAUUUGAGCACAGGGAGUUGGAUAUUCUCGCACAAAUUAACAACCUCUUCAAAGUAUCCAUGGCUUAUGUUGUAUUUACGUUCAGAUGCAACUAAAGGAUUCAAUGGUGGUUAUCAUUAUGAUGGACGUGGCAUCAUGAGAAAGUUGCCAGAAUCUCCAAAUUUUAAAGUAAGAUUGACACUUGAUGUUAAACAUGGAGGAGGGUCAAACAGUCAAUUUUAUCUCCUUGAUAUAGGAAGUUGUUGGAAGAACAAUGGAAAACCAUGUGAUGGUGAUGUUCUGACAGACGUGACUAGAUACAGUGAAAUGAUAAUAAAUCCAGCAAUCACAAGUUGGUGCAGGCCGGAUAACCUUGUCUCCUGCCCACCCUACCACGUUACUCGUACUGGUGAGCUAAUAUAUAGAAAUGAUACAUCUCGGUUUCCAUAUUCUGCUUAUCAUCUCUACUGCUGCCCGGGAAAUGCUGAAUAUUUGGAGAAACCGUAUGAUAUAUGUGACCCAUACAGCAAUCCACAAGCACAGGAAUUGGUGCAAAUUCUUCCACAUCCUGAAUGGGCUGUGCACGGCUAUCCUGAAAAGAAAGGAGAUGGGUGGAUUGGAGAUUCCAGGACAUGGGAGCUUGAUGUGGGGGCUCUCUCUAGUCGUUUGUAUUUCUACCAGGAUCCUGGAACAGAUCCAGCAAGGCGAGUAUGGUCUUCGCUAAAUGUGGGAACAGAAAUAUAUGUAAGCGAAAGGGGAGAGACUGCGGAAUGGACUGUAAGUGAUUUUGACGUGCUGGUUCCUGGGGAUACUAAUGAUGAACCUUCUUUCUGAUCCUACACCCACUAUGUUUACUUUCUCUUGUUGAAAUAAAUUAUUCCUUUACAGUGUAAUUAUUCAUUCAAAUGAACCAACAAUAGAAUUUAUAAAUGAAUUCCAUGUGACUAUUCUUAUAAA